CAAUUUCGGCUCCACUACUACAAUCAAAUACCGACAUAAAUACAGAUAAUUAUUAUCAGCAGCAGCAACAACAACAACAACAACAAAGACCCCGCAGACAUACAAUUACUGAUAGUAGACCUGAUUCUGCUAUUGAUUUAUUAUUAUCAGAUGAUGAUGAAGAAGAACAGCAACAACAAACAUUUGAUCGUAUAUCAAAUAUUUUGUCUAAUUUAAUACAAGAAGCAAAUGAUGCUGUAUACGGUAUUGAAAAAGAGCGCGUUCAUUUAUUAAAGACAUCAAAGCCUACUGAAUAUAACAUUAUAUCACGUACAACAACAAGAAAGUCAAAUCGUACUUCAAUCAUGAAUCGUAGACUUAAUAAUAUGAAUUCUGUCACUUUUCCCAUUUCACCCACAAUGACUAAUUCAUCUAACAUUAUGAAUGCUACUACUACUACUACUACUACUUAUAAUAAUGGUUGUACAUCAACUCAAUUAAAGAAACAUUCAUCUCGACAUCAACUUAUGAAUAAUAAUACCUUUACCUCUCAUCGACCACAUACACUUCCUACUAUUCCUCGUAAGUCUAUUACACCGCGCUCAAAAAGAAAUAGUAAUAGUAGUAUAGUAACAGAUCCUGUUGUCAUGGAAUCAUUUAAAAGACUCGAUACUUCUAUGGCCAUGAUUGACUCACUUUCGCGUGACUUAGUUCCUCAACAACCUACUACUACUACUAAUACUAAAACAGUCAUUGUCGUUGACCCCUCUUUACAACAUCAUAUGACUACUACUUUACUUUUACUUGUACCUUUAUUACAUAUACCACAUUCGUUGAUAACCAUGAUCUUUGAUUUCUUUUCAUCGGCAGAUACCAUCACACCACCUUUCCCUUCUUCCAUGUUAUUUUGGGCUUUCGUAUUUGCUGUUAUCAACUUAAUGAUAGAUCAGGUUGCUGUGAUACCUAAAAAGUAUGUUGCAUCUAAAAUUAGGCGUAUGUCCUUACCCGGUACUUAUGCUGAAGUAAUAAAGAAAAAAAGAAAUCAUGGACAACAACAAAAGACAAUAAAACGUUCUUGGAUACCAAAAUCGAUACAAAAGCAAUACCAUUUUCAAAUAGAACAAGAAGAAGACAGCCCAUUACAACGAAGAAGAAACUCCAUAUAAAUAACAUUGUCUGUGGUUUUUCUUUUCUUUUCUUUUUUUUUUUUUCUUGUAAGACAAAUAUCAUAUGA